AUGGCUCAACCGAAAUCAUCAAAUGGCGUUCCUCCCAAGGCCGCCAAAUCGAAGAAGCAGCAAGACGAACUGACGGAAAAACUUCGAAAAGUCGAAGACGCCGCUGAGAACGGAACAAUGCCUAGUGCAGUAGUUGAGAGCCUAAAUGAGCAGGUCAACCUUUCGAAAACUGCCAAUGGCAGGCCAGCGUUAGAUCCACACUCGAAACCUCCCUUCGAACUACCAGAGGGACAAUCUGUACCCGACAGUUCCGAAGGCAAUGGCGCUGUCGAGCCUCAUGAUACGCCUAUGGGAGAGGCUACUAAUAACGACGGGUCACAGCCAGCGGCUGCGGAUCCCGGCCGCAAUGACUCUGUCGAGCCCAUUGACAGGCCGAUGACAGAGGCUACUAAUAAAGAUACAUCGGAGCCACCUGUGAGCAUGAUGCCUGGCUCUCUGGGUGAAAGUGUGAAAGAAGAAGACGACAUGCUCGUUAGCUUUCAGAAAAUGUCCAUUGGAGGCAGGCAAUUCGGAGGUCAGCCAGAAGCCUGGUUCUCGACUGGCAGCUCAACCAAAGCCAUUGUGCGACAUGGGCCUCUCAAAGGCGCCAUGUAUAAGAUCCAAUCUGCAAAAGGAUACAAUCUGAGAAAUUUGCCCGAGGCCUCGGAUAAGAAUUCUCGCAUUACGCAGAUCUGGGACCGAGACGAAAAUGGUAGAAGGCAUCGCCGCUUUCCAGUGAUGGAAUUUCUCCUCCGAAAUUCAGCCGACAUUAACCAAAAAAGCCCGUCUGGGACAUCGCCAAUUCAAAUCGCAAUCAUUAUGGAACAUAUCGACAUUGUCCGUCGCCUUCUCAGCUAUAAAGAAACCUUGUUGGUCAAUGAACAAGACUGUCACUCCUUUACAGCGCUCAUGCUUGCGUCAGCUCGAGGUAAACUUGAAGUUGUCAAGAUACUACUGGAGCAUCCCAACUUAAAUCUAAAUGCGAUGGACGACCAGGGGAAAACACCUUUUUGGUGGGCUGCGGCUGGUGGGCUUUUUGACAUUGUACAGCUGUUAGCCAACCAAAGUGGUGUCAAAAAGCGACUGAAAGAUUCGAAUGGGCUGACGGCAUAUGCUAUCGCUAAGAAGCACAAACAUGGGCAUAUCACGGUGUUUUUGCGAAGCUUUUAG